AACUUUCAUGUGGAACUUGGAUCUCGUAGAGGGUUCACCCUAGAGGUGUGCGUUUCUGCACGAGGGAUUGUCCAAUGUUGUAUAUUUCCAUUCAGUGCCCAGGAAAAGCCUAAAAUUCGGAGAUCUUUAUAUAAAGAAAGGAAAUAAAAUGCGUAUUUAUCAAGCUCUGUACUGCCCACAUAUCUCUGUGUAAAAAUAAAGCAUAAAAGCACAUGAACAUUGUAGAUCAAGGCAAGAAAUUUAAUUGAUCGGGACCAAGAUGGUGGCUGUACAGCUCAGCAUAUUUCUGUGCUCUAAAGUGACAGAAGUCAUUACAUUGUGUUCCCCUGAGAGUUUGCAGCCUGAAAUCUGUGCUCAGAACCGUUGGUCAGUGGUGUUUUUCGCGUGCCAGGUGGAUAUAUAAAUAUAGAAGAGGGAGCAAGAUCAGCAGCUGUUGGCUGUUUUCAUCCCCCGGCACAGUCUCUGAUGUAACUGACAGAGUGUAUGUUGGCACAAACAUGCUACAAGUAGGGAAGGCACUCUGUCCCUUGUGCUUGUCCAUCUGGUCACCAGGAACUCUGAAUCUCUGUAUGUAGGAAGCUUCAAUUACCAGCAACAGGAGGCUGUGAAAAUACUCGCCCUGAGGUUCAGUGUCUCUUGACAACAUUAGGGACACCCAGAGGACUCCUGACCCUUAUCAGAAUAUCAUGUACAGAAGAUGACUGUAACAUACUCCAGUAAAGUAGCCAAUGCCACAUUCUUUGGAUUCCAUCGAUUACUCCUUAAGUGGAGAGGAAGUAUCUACAAACUGCUGUACAGGGAGUUUCUUCUUUUCACUAGUUUAUACACUGCACUGAGUGUCAUAUACAGAUUCUUUCUUACAGAUUCUCAAAAACGUUACUUUGAAAAAGUCUCACUUUACUGUGACAAAUAUGCUGAACAAAUUCCAGUAACAUUUGUGUUAGGCUUUUAUGUCACUCUUGUGGUAAACCGGUGGUGGAACCAGUUUGUGAAUCUACCUUGGCCUGACAGACUUAUGUUCCUAAUCUCCAGCAAUGUACAUGGGAGAGAUGAAUAUGGACGUUUACUGAGGAGAACCCUAAUGCGCUAUGUGAACCUGACAUCCCUACUGAUCUUCCGCUCUGUCAGUACUGCUGUAUACAAAAGGUUUCCAACCAUGGAUCAUGUCGUAGAAGCAGGGUUUAUGACCUCUGAUGAACGAAAACUAUUUGACAGCCUUAAAUCUCCACAUCUUAAAUACUGGGUGCCUGUAAUCUGGUUUGGAAAUCUUGCUUCAAAAGCUAGAUUAGAAGGAAGAAUUCGGGACAGUAUAGACUUGCAAAUGAUGAUGAAUGAGAUGAACAGGUUCAGAUCCUGGUGCAGUUUACUGUUUGGCUAUGACUGGGUCGGAAUCCCUCUAGUCUACACUCAGGUUGUAACACUUGCUGUAUAUACAUUUUUCUUUGCUUGUUUAAUUGGACGUCAGUUCCUGGAUCCCCAGCAAGCAUAUCCUGGCCAUGAUUUAGAUCUGUAUGUUCCAGUCUUCACGUUACUGCAAUUUUUCUUUUAUGCAGGCUGGCUAAAGGUUGCUGAGCAACUUAUUAAUCCCUUUGGUGAAGAUGACGAUGACUUUGAAACAAAUUGGUGCAUAGACAGAAAUCUUCAGGUAUCACUUAUGGCUGUAGAUGAAAUGCAUAUGAGCUUACCAAAAAUGAACAAAGAUAUUUACUGGAAUGACUCAGAUGCUCGACCACCAUACACGCUAGCAGCUGCUGAUUACUGUAUUCCUUCAUUCUUGGGUUCAACCGUUCACAUGGGACUUCCUGAUUCUGUAUUUCUGCGGGAAGAUUGGCUACUAGAUGAAGACAAACCUAGAAGGCAACAUUCAGUUCUAAGAAGAGUAAAACGUUUUUUAAGUGUUCAUGAACAUUCUCCAGACUCCAGCAGUCGAGGAGGGUACAGCAGACAAGGAAGUGAUGCAUCUAAUAUAUUCUUUCCAAGUGAACUCAAUUAUUCUGGCAGUUUUCAUGAUGCACCACACAAAGCAAGGCAUCAUGCAUUCCAUACUAAAAGACGGGAAUCAACCGAUAAGAAUGCAAAAGCCAACACACCUAAAGGAGAUCUGUCAACUAUUCGGGAGGCUAGUAGGUCUGAUACUUCUGGAAGAACAUCUACCAACAAUGAGAAUACGCCCAAUGUAGAUGUACAAGCUUCCGCAGGAGCUGUAAGUAGUUCUGGUGAGACCAUGGCAACUGCUCAGGCAGCUGUCCCUCCUCAGUCCAAUUCACUGACUGCAUCUAAUACUAUGGAACGUGCUGGUAACCAUCAAUGUGAUACUAACACUGUACAACCGAAACAUCCCGAGCAAGCUUCCCAGGUAGAAACAGGUGUAACGGCACCAGUACAAGCUGAGGAAAAAUCAGCUGAUAUAGCAAAAGACCACCGAUGGAGUGAAACUGUAUUUCCAGCAGAGAGUCAUACAACAAAUGCUCCCCCAAACACAAAAUUUGAGCAAAGCAUUCCUCUUUUAAUGGCUUUUGAGAACAGAACCUAUACAGCAAAUACAGACCCCAAUCCAUUCACUCAUAUGUUGCAUAGAGAAGAACUGUUAAAUGCACAUACAGAGAUUAAAGAGACAGAUAUUCUGGAGUUUCACGAUGAAAAGAAAGAACAUAAAGAAUAAAAUAAACAUUUUAAUAUAUUCAAAAACUCUACGUUACAAAGCAAACUUGAUCCAAAAUGAUGGGGAAUAUUCUGUUAUGCAUAAGGAAUGUAUUAAAAUUAGUUUUUCCAGCACAAUAUUUUACCUUUCUUCUUGUGUCAGAGAAAGAAGAUGAUUCCAUAUGCCAUGGAAAGGAUUUUUGCAGGAAAUUGGAUGGAUACUUGUCAGAUAAUGUUCUAUGAUAUUGCUUUUUGAUAGGUAGAUAAAGACUUUUCUACAGGCUGAAUUGGUGAUGCACUGUAUAUCUAUAUAAAUCUGUGCCUCAAAAA